AUGGUCCGGGAAACCAGGCAUCUCUGGGUGGGCAACUUACCGGAGAAUGUGCGGGAAGAGAAGAUCAUCGAGCAUUUCAAACGAUAUGGCCGCGUCGAAAGUGUCAAAAUUCUCCCUAAGAGGGGAUCUGAAGGAGGAGUGGCUGCCUUUGUGGAUUUUGUGGACAUCAAAAGUGCACAGAAAGCUCACAACUCGAUCAACAAAAUGGGAGAUAGAGACCUACGCACGGAUUAUAAUGAACCAGGCACCAUUCCGAGUGCUGCUCGGGGAUUGGAUGAUACAGUUUCCAUAGCAUCUCGUAGUAGAGAGGUUUCUGGGUUCAGAGGAGGUGGUGGAGGGCCUGCUUAUGGUCCCCCACCAUCACUUCAUGCACGAGAAGGACGUUAUGAGCGGAGACUUGAUGGGGCUUCAGAUAACAGGGAGCGUGCUUAUGAACAUAGUGCCUAUGGACACCAUGAACGGGGGACGGGAGGAUUUGAUCGGACAAGACAUUACGAUCAGGAUUACUAUAGAGAUCCUCGAGAGCGGACUUUACAACAUGGGCUCUAUUAUGCUUCUCGGAGUCGAAGUCCAAACCGCUUUGAUGUUCAUGACCCCCGAUAUGAACCUAGGGCUCGGGAGCAGUUUACACUGCCCAGUGUGGUACACAGGGAUAUCUACAGGGAUGACAUUACACGGGAGGUACGAGGCAGAAGGCCAGACCGGAAUUACCAGCACAGCAGGAGUCGCUCACCACAUUCAUCCCAGUCUAGAAACCAGUCUCCUCAGAGACUGGCUAGCCAAGCAUCUAGACUUACAAGGUCCCCUAGCGGCAGCGGCUCUAGGAGUAGAUCCUCCAGUAGUGAUUCAAUCAGCAGCAGCAGUAGUACCAGCAGUGACAGCAGCGAUUCCAGUAGCACUUCCAGUGAUGACUCUCCAGCCAGAUCUGUUCAGUCUGCAGCAGUUCCAGCACCCACUUCCCAGUUGCUUUCAUCUCUGGAGAAAGAUGAACCCCGUAAAAGUUUUGGGAUCAAGGUUCAGAAUCUUCCAGUACGUUCUACAGAUUCAAGCCUUAAAGAUGGCCUUUUUCAUGAAUUUAAAAAACAUGGAAAGGUGACUUCAGUGCAGAUACAUGGAGCUUCAGAAGAGCGAUACGGCCUGGUUUUCUUUCGACAGCAAGAGGACCAAGAAAAAGCAUUGACUGCUUCAAAAGGAAAACUUUUCUUUGGCAUGCAAAUUGAAGUAACAGCCUGGAUAGGGCCAGAAACAGAAAGUGAAAAUGAAUUUCGCCCCUUGGAUGAAAGGAUCGAUGAAUUUCACCCUAAAGCAACAAGAACUCUUUUUAUUGGAAACCUUGAAAAAACUACUACUUACCAUGAUCUUCGCAAUAUCUUCCAGCGCUUUGGAGAAAUUGUGGAUAUUGAUAUUAAGAAAGUAAAUGGAGUUCCUCAGUAUGCAUUCUUGCAAUAUUGUGACAUUGCCAGUGUUUGUAAGGCUAUUAAGAAGAUGGAUGGGGAAUACCUUGGAAAUAAUCGCCUCAAGCUUGGUUUUGGAAAGAGCAUGCCUACAAAUUGUGUGUGGUUGGAUGGACUUUCUUCGAAUGUGUCUGAUCAAUACUUAACACGACAUUUCUGCCGCUAUGGGCCUGUGAUAAAGGUAGUGUUUGACCGCUUAAAAGGCAUGGCCCUUGUUAUCUACAAUGAAAUUGAAUAUGCACAAGCAGCUGUAAAAGAGACCAAGGGGAGAAAAAUCGGUGGGAAUAAAAUUAAGGUGGAUUUUGCAAAUCGGGAAAGUCAGUUGGCAUUUUAUCACUGCAUGGAGAAAUCUGGUCAAGAUAGUAGAGACUUUUAUGAACUGUUAUUAGAAAGAAGAGAAGAGAGAAGGGCAUCCUAUGACUAUAACCAAGAGCGUACAUAUUAUGAGACUGUGCGUGCUCCUGGGACAUAUCCUGAGGAUUCCAGGCGGGACUAUGCAACUCGAGGGAGAGAAUUUUAUGCAGCAGAAUGGGAAGCUUACCAAGGAGACUACUAUGAGUCACGCUAUUAUGAUGAUCUUCGGGAAUACAGGGAUUACAGAAAUGAUCCUUAUGAACAAGAUAUUCGGGAGUACACUUACAGGCAAAGGGAACGAGAAAGAGAGCGAGAGAGAUUUGAUUCUGACCGGGACAGAGACCACGAGAGGAGGCCUAUUGAAAGAAGUCAGAGUCCGGUUCACUUGCGACGCCCUCAGAGUCCUGGAACAUCUCCCUCCCAGUCAGAUCGGUUGCCCAGUGAUUCUGAGAGAAGGAUGUAUAGUCGGUCUUCAGAGCGCAGUGAAAGCUGUAGCUCACUUUCCCCUCCAAGAUAUGAUAAGCUUGACAAACCUCGUGUGGAACGUUAUACAAAAGCUGAAAAAGCAGAGAAAGAACGAACGUUUGAUCAUACUGAGAGAGGGGAGAGAGAGAGACGCUUAAUUAGAAAGGACAAAGUGGAUAAAACCGACAAGCAGAAACGAAAAGGAAAAAUUCAUUCCCCUAGUUCUCAGUCUUCGGAAACAGACCAAGACAAUGAGAGGGAACUAAGCCCUGAGAAACCAAGGAACUCUAAUAAAUUGAGCAGAGAGAAAGCUGACAAAGAAGGCAUUGCAAAGAACCGUCUCGAACUCAUGCCUUGCGUGGUUUUAACGCGAGUGAAAGAAAAAGAAGGCAAGGUUAUUGACCACAGCACUUUUGAAAAGCUGAAAAGCAAGCUAGAUAAUGACUCUGUAAAGUUAGCUGCUCUAGAUCAAAAACUUCAGAUCUCUCAAAACGAGACUACAAAAUCUGACCUGUCUAAACUGGAAUCUGUAAGAAUGAAAGUGUCAAAAGAGAAGGGCCUUUCCAGCCACAUAGAAAUAAUAGAUAAAGAAGGCAGGCUUAAGCCCAGGAAACACCUCAAACCAGAGCAGACUGCUGAGGGGGUCAGUGCUGCCGAGCUGGAGAAGUUGGAAGCCAGGAAAAGGCGUUUUGCUGACACAAAUACGAAAGCAGAAAGGCAGAAAUCAGAAGUCAAGAAAAGCAGUCCAGAGGUGGAGGAGGCAAGGGCGCUUUUGAAAAAACAGCCUGACCUGUCAUCUCGAGAUGCCAUUCUGCUAAGGGAAGGCGAGUCUGAAAGAAAGCCUUUGAGGAAAGAAAUCCUUAAAAGAGAAUCCAAAAAAAUUAAACUGGAUAGACUUAAUGCUGUCCCUAGCCCCAAAGACUCUCAGGAGCCUACCAGUAUUUCUGCUGGGGCUGGCUCAAGGGCCAACUUGGACCUCCAGGCGAGACUGGGAGAACCAGUUGGUGAAUCUUCUGAAAACCAAGAAGUCUCAUCAAAAAAACCAACUUCCUCCAAAGCCCAGCUCAAACAACUACAGCUGUUAGAUGAUCCAGGACCAGAAAGAGAAGAUAUUAAGAAAAACUAUUGCCAUCUUCAUGAUGAGACACCUGAACGCAAAUCAGGACAAGAGAAAUCACAUUCAGUAACUGCUGAAGAAAAAAUUGGCAUUGAUAUUGAUCACACACAGAGUUACCGAAAACAGAUGGAGCAGAGCCGUAGAAAACAGCAGAUGGAGAUGGAAAUAGCCAAGUCUGAGAAGUUUGGCAGCCCUAAAAAAGAUGUGGAUGAGUACGAAAGGCGUAGUCUUGUUCAUGAGGUGGGCAAACCCCCACAAGAUGUCACCGAUGACUCUCCUCCCAGCAAAAGAAAAAGGAUGGAUCAUGUUGACUUUGAAAUCUGCAGCAAGAGAGAAAGGAAUUACAGGAGUUCACGCCAAAUCAGUGAGGAAUCUGAAAGGACUGGUGGUUCUCCCAGCAUCCGCCAUGGUUCCUUCCAUGAUGAUGAUGACCCCCUGGGCUCCCCUAGGCUAAUGUCAGUAAGAGGAUCCCCUAAAAUAGAUGAAAAAGGUUUCUCAUACUCUAAUAUAACAGUCAGGGAAGAGUCCCUAAAAUUUAAUCCUUAUGAUUCUAGCAGAAGAGAACAGAUGGCAGAUAUGGCUAAAUUAAAGCUCUCUGUCUUGCAUUCUGAAGAUGAACUGAGUCGUUGGGAUGCUCAGAUGAAACAAGAUGCCAGCAGAUUUGAUGUGAGUUUUCCAAACAGCAUAAUUAAGAGAGACAGCCUUCGAAAGAGGUCUGUACGAGACUUGGAACCUGGUGAGGUGCCCUCUGAUUCCGAUGAAGAUGGUGAACCCAAGUCUCAUUCCCCCAGAGCCUCUGCAUUAUAUGAAAGUUCCCGGUUAUCUUUUUUAUUGAGGGACAGAGAAGACAAACUUCGUGAGCGAGAAGAAAGACUCUCAAGUUCUCUAGAAAAAAACAAAUUCUACUCUUUUGCCCUGGAUAAGACGAUCACCCCAGACACUAAGGCUUUGCUAGAAAGGGCCAAGUCUCUUUCUUCAUCCCGAGAAGAAAAUUGGUCUUUUCUUGACUGGGACUCUAGAUUUGCUAAUUUUCGAAACAACAAAGAUAAAGAAAAGGUAGACUCUGCCCCAAGACCUAUUCCAUCCUGGUACAUGAAAAAGAAGAAAAUUAGGACUGAUUCUGAGGGCAAAAUGGAUGAUAAAAAAGAUGACCAUAAAGAAGAAGAGCAGGAAAGACAAGAAUUAUUCGCAUCUCGAUUUUUACACAGCUCAAUCUUUGAACAAGAUUCCAAACGACUGCAGCACCUAGAGAGAAAAGAGGAAGACUCUGACUUCAUUUCCGGGAGGCUGUAUGGGAGGCAGGCAUCUGACGGAGCAAACAGCACAGCCGAUUUCAUUCAAGAGCCAGUAGUUCUAUUUCAUAGCAGAUUUAUGGAACUCACACGAAUGCAACAGAAGGAAAAAGAAAAAGAUCAGAAGUCCAAAGAGACUGAGAAACAGGAAGAUACAGAGAAUCCACCCAAGACCCCAGAAUCUGCCACUGAGACUAAAGAAUCAGAACUGAAAAUACCAUCAUCAGCUGGGCCUCCUAGUGUCACGGUUGUCACUCCAGACUCGGCACCACCGUCACUAGAGAAGCCAGCUAAUGAGAAACCUACACAGCUGCCUCCAGUAGCAGAAGAGAAGACUGUGGAGCCCGCCCCAGUCUCCGAAGAAGCAAAACCGGCGUCUGAACUAGCUCCUGUCCCCGUGGAACAACCUGAACAAGUAAACGUGCCCCUAGGAGAAGACUCCAGUCAAGAUGCUGCGGCAACACCGUCAGUGGUUAAAGAAAAGUCAGCAGCUGACCAGCUGCCUUACCUGGAUGCAAAGCCUCCCACUCCUGGGGCUUCGUUUUCCCAGGUAGAGACCAGUGUAGACCCAGAACCGGACAGUGCCCUGCCACUGUCCAAACCAGCCCAAAAGUCUGAGGAAGCCAGUGAACCAAAGCCAGAAAAGCCAGACUCCACUGCUGAUGUUGAGCCUGAUGCAAAUCAGAAAGCUGAAGUUGUCCCCGAGGUCCAGCCUCAAGCUUCCGAAGAAGAUCUAGAAGUUGAGCCUCCAGUUGUUGCAAAAGAGAAAAAGCCAAACAAAAGUAAACGUUCCAAGACCCCAGUUCAGGCGGCUGCAGCGACCGUGGUAGAGAAACCUGUGACACGGAAGAGUGAGAGAAUAGACCGGGAAAAGCUAAAGAGAUCCAGUUCCCCUCGGGGAGAAGCACAGAAACUACUAGAAUUAAAGAUGGAGGCAGAGAAAAUUACAAGAACUGCUUCUAAAACCUCGGCUGGGGACACUGAACUCCCUGAGCCAAGUCUGCCGCUCAGCCGGACGAGGCGCCGAAAUGUGAGGAGUGUGUAUGCGACCAUGAGUGACCAUGAGAGCCGCUCUCCUGUGAAAGAGCCCGUAGAGCAGCCUCGCCUGACCAGAAAAAGGCUGGAGCGGGAGCUCCAGGAAGCUGCAGCAGCCCCUACGACCCCGCGAAGGGGGAGGCCUCCGAAAACACGCCGUCGGGCCGAGGAGGAGGAGGAGACUGAGGUGAAAGAAUCAGGCGAGACCCUCAGACCAGCUGAAGGAUGGAGAUCCCCUCGAGCUCAGAAAUCAGGCUCUGCUGGUGGCCCGCAAGGCAAAGGAAAGGGGAAAAAUGACCCCAAACCAGAUCCCGUAGCUGACCGUCCUGAGGCCGCCGCUGAGGUGGGUUUGCAAGGAAUCGUGAAAGAAAACAACUCAAAAUCCAGACUUGAUAAAGAAGAAGCUGGAAGUGAACAGAAACACGACAGAAAAGAAACAGUUACAGAUAAAAACCUAGUUGAACCUCCCCCGGUUGAAGUGGUGGAGAAAAAAGCAGUGCCUGAAAAAACCUCCAAAGCAAAGAGAGGGCGGGCCCGGAACUCCAGGUCAGCAGUGGACAGGUCUGCAAACGUGAAGAGCGUGGAUGCUGAUGCGGGUGCCAGUGCAGUCACAGGCGCUGCUGGGCUGGCCGGGGAGCUGGAAGGGGCCAUAACAGCGGUCUCCCCUGAGAAAAGUGAGAUCCCCCCAAAAGAAGGCAACUUAUCAUCCCAGUUGAAAAGUGAUCCUGCUGAUCCAAACAGGGAACCAGAGAAUGAUGUGUCUGACUCUAAACAGUGCCCAGAGACAACACAGUUGGCCAAGCAGAUGGAGUUGGAGCAGGCCGUGGAGAACAUUGCAAAGCUCACAGCAACCUCAGCCUCCUCAGCCUACAAGGCUGCAGAGGCACCCGAGGGCCUUACCGCAGAGGACAGGGACAAGCCAGGCCAUCAAGCAAGUGAAACGGAACUUGCUGCAGCUAUUGGCUCCAUCAUCAAUGACAUUCCUGGGGAGCCGGAAAACUUCCCGGCACCCCCCACAUACCCUUCAGAGUCUCGAUCAGAUGCCCAGCCCACCUCUCAAGGGCCACAGCCUCCUGAGGAAGGAAUGGAGCCUGAAACAGAUGAGGCUGUGUCUGGCCUCUUGGAAACUGAGGCUGCUACAGAAUCUUCUGUGCCACCCACCAGUGCUCCUGACACUUGUGCAGGCCCAGCAGAUGCCAAGGAGGCCAGAGACAAUACCAACGAACCCUCCCACCCAGUGCAAGAGGCAAAAGGGUUCAAGGAAGCAGAAGUUACUCGGAAAGACAAAGGACGCCAGAAGACGACUCGAUCACGCCGCAAACGGAAUACAAACAAGAAAGGAGGGGCUGUGCCAGAGCCGCCCCGUGCCUCAGAACCUGACCAGGCUCAGAGCAAGAGCCCGGCUGCAGUUGAGACAGUGGUACAAGCCCCAGAAACGCCACAGGGUGAAAAGCCCCACUCCACCUCCUCUGUGUCAUGUGCUUCUGAUUCAAGCAAGACGCCACCCAGGGAGAAUGUAUCCGAGGAGAGCAGUUUUGAAGAAAAGACACCAGUCAAAGGACCUGUGCCCCCAGACCUAACCACCCCUUCUCCACUAGUACCUGGGGAUGAUGACCAUCAAGCCAGAUUCAAGGUCCACUCAAUUAUUGAAAGUGACCCCGUGACCCCACCCAGUGACUCCAGCAUGCCCACUCCCAUGAUUCCAUCUGUGACCGUAGCAAAGCUUCCAGCCCCAGUAACUUCUGGUGGGAUCUCACUUCAGAGUUCCCCCUCUAAGGUGACCGAGUGGAUCACCAGGCAGGAGGAGCCUCGGGCUCAGUCUACACCAUCUCCAGCUCUUCCCCCAGACACAAAAGCCUCCGAUGUCGACACCAGCUCCAGUACCCUAAGGAAGAUCCUCAUGGACCCCAAAUACGUGUCUGCCUCGGGCGUCACGUCCACGAGUGUCACAGCCUCCAUCGCGGAGCCUGUCAGUGCCACCUGCACGCUGACCGAGGCUCCUGCUCCUCCAGAACCCAAGAAGCCUCUUGUAGAGGAAAAGCCAGUAAACGCCUCUGACACUCAAGCCGGAGAGCUGCCGGUAGCCUCUGACAAAGAAAAGACAACUCCAGUUAUUGCUCCCAAAAUUACUUCUGUCAUUAGCCGGAUGCCUGUCAGCAUCGAUUUGGAGAAUUCACAGAAGAUAACUCUGGCAAAACCACCUCAGACUCUGACUGGCCUGGUGAGUGCCCUGACUGGUUUGGUGAAUGUCUCACUGGUUCCAGUCAAUGCUUUGGCCGGCCCGGUGAACGCUCUGAAAGGGCCCGUGAAGGGCUCUGUGACGACACUGAAAGGCCUGGUGAACACUCCCGCCGGUCCUGUGAAUGUCCUCAAGGGACCAGUGAAUGUCCUGACAGGCCCCGUGAACGUUCUCACCACUCCGGUGAAUGCUGCUGUGGGCACGGUGAAUGCCACCCCAGGUGCAGUGAAUACUGCCACGGGCACCGUCAGUGCGCCAACAGGCACGGUGAAUGUUGCCACGGGGGCAGGGAGCGUCACAGCAGGGGCACCGGCUGGGGCAUCAGGUGGUGUGACAGCCACAACAGGCACAGUGACCAUGGCAGCAGGCGCGGUGAUUGCACCGUCAGCAAAGUGCAAGCAGAGAUCAACCGCUAAUGAGAACAGCCGCUUCCACCCGGGGUCCAUGUCUGUGAUUGACGAUCGUCCGGCUGACACAGGCUCUGGAGCUGGGCUUCGUGUCAACACCUCAGAAGGGGUGGUUCUCCUGAGCUACUCGGGGCAGAAGACUGAAGGCCCACAGCGGAUCAGUGCCAAGAUAAGUCAGAUCCCCCCCGCGAGUGCAAUGGACAUUGAAUUUCAGCAGUCGGUGUCCAAGUCUCAGGUGAAACCUGAUGCCGUCACACCAUCUCAGCCUGCACCCAAAGGCCCUCAGACGCCUUCAGGCUAUGCGAAUGUGGCCACCCACUCCACUCUGGUACUAACUGCCCAAACGUACAAUGCAUCUGUGAAGGCCGACCGCCCAGCCUUGGAGAAGUCUGAGCCCAUUCACCUCUCGGUGUCCACACCCGUCACCCAGGGUAGCACAGUCAAGGUGCUCACCCAGGGCAUAAACACCCCGCCGGUGCUGGUGCACAACCAGCUGGUCCUCACCCCGAGCAUAGUCACUACUAAUAAAAAGCUUGCUGACCCUGUGACACUGAAAAUAGAGACCAAGGUGCUGCAGCCAGCCAGCCUGGGGUCGACUCUCACUUCGCAUCACCCUCCUGCUCUGCCCAGCAAACUGCCUGCAGAUCUGAACCAUGUAAACUCAGGACCCAGCACCCCCACAGAUAGAGCGGCUCCCCAUUUGGCGGUCACGAAGCCAGACGCACAUCCUCCUCGACCAAGUGGGCCUGCCCCUACUCCUUCCCCGUUCCCAAGGGCUUGUCACCCCAGCAGCACUGCGUCCACAGCGCUCUCUACCAAUGCCACAGUCAUGCUGGCAGCAGGCAUUCCCGUGCCACAGUUCAUCUCUAGCAUACACCCGGAGCAGUCUGUCAUCAUGCCUCCCCACAGUAUCACCCAGACCGUGUCCCUUAGCCACUUGUCACAGGGCGAGGUGAGAAUGAACACACCCACACUGCCCAGCAUCACCUACAGCAUCCGGCCGGAGACGCUGCACUCCCCCCGGGCCCCUCUGCAGCCUCAGCAGAUCGAGGUCAGGGCCCCGCAGCGCGCGGGCACUCCCCAGCCUGCCCCAGCCAGCGUGCCUGCUCUGGCUUCCCAGCAUCCCCCUGAGGAAGAAGUGCAUUAUCACCUCCCUGUUGCUCGAGCCGCAGCCCCCGUGCAGUCUGAGGUGCUGGUCAUGCAGUCUGAGUACCGGCUGCACCCAUACACCGUGCCUCGGGACGUGCGGAUCAUGGUGCAUCCACAUGUGACGGCGGUCAGCGAGCAGCCCAGGGCUGCCGAGGGCGUAGUGAAGGUGCCACCAGCCAGCAAGGCCCCGCCACAGCCUGGGAAGGAAGUGGUCAAGACGCCUGAUGCCAAAGCAGCACCUGCUCCCCAUGGUGAAGCCCGCAUCCUCACGGUCACCCCUAGCAACCAGCUUCAGGGGCUGCCACUGACCCCUCCUGUGGUGGUGACCCAUGGGGUGCAGAUCGUGCAUUCAAGUGGGGAGUUGUUCCAGGAGUACAGGUACGGGGACAUCCGGGCUUACCACGCACCUGCCCAGCUUGCUCACACUCAGUUUCCUGCUGCUUCCACCAUCGGCCCAGCUUCCAGGACCAAGACUCCUGCUCAGGCCCCUCCACCAGAAGGUGAGCCCUUGCAGCCUGCUCAACCUGCUCCGUCGUCCACUCAGAGCACCCAGCCUGCUCCAUCCACACAGCCCUCCCAGCCAGGACCGCCCUCCCAGCUCAACCAGCCUGGCCAGUCACUGGCCAGCAAAAUGCCGCAGGUCUCCCAGGAAGCAAAGGGCACCCAGACUGGAGUGGUUGAGCAGCCUCGCCUCCCAACAGUACCAACAAACAGGCCUCCUGAGCCUCUCGGCCAGGUUCCGAGGGCACAGGUGGAAACAGGCCCAGCUUCCCACCCUUCUCCAGUGUCUAUCUCCAUGAAGCCUGACCUCCCGGCCCCUCUCCCUGCUCAGUCUGCUCCAAAACAGCCAUUAUUUGUCCCCACAACUUCCGCUCCCAGCACACCACCAGGACUGGUUUUGCCGCAUUCUGAAGCCCAGGCCACCCCUAAACAAGAUUCCUCUCCACACUUGACUUCCCAGAGACCUGUGGACAUGGUUCAGCUUCUCAAGAAGUACCCCAUCGUGUGGCAGGGCCUACUGGCCCUCAAGAACGACACAGCUGCUGUGCAGCUCCACUUCGUCUCUGGCAACAAUGUCCUGGCUCAUCGGUCCCUGCCCCUUUCUGAAGGGGGCCCCCCACUGAGGAUCGCCCAGAGGAUGCGGCUGGAAGCUUCACAGCUAGAAGGGGUUGCCCGGAGAAUGAUGGUGGAGACGGAUUAUUGCUUGCUGCUGGCCCUGCCCUGUGGCCGUGACCAAGAGGACGUUGUGAACCAGACUGAGUCCCUCAAAGCCGCCUUCAUCACAUACUUGCAGGCCAAGCAGGCUGCAGGGAUCAUCAAUGUUCCUAACCCAGGCUCCAACCAGCCCGCCUACGUGCUGCAGAUCUUCCCGCCCUGCGAGUUCUCGGAGAGUCACCUGUCCCGUCUGGCCCCUGACCUCCUUGCCAGCAUUUCCAACAUUUCUCCUCACCUCAUGAUUGUCAUUGCCUCGGUGUGA